AUGAAGCUGUAUUCCCUAAUUAUUCUCGCAUUAGUUUUGCCGCUCAUCAUCGCUGAAUGCAAUUUGGUAAAAUUCAAUGGAUGUCAGGCGAAGUUCUCGGAUGAUUUGGGCAUUCCGCGUGGAUAUGAUUGGUCGAAUCCGCUGGGAUUGACACUUCAGAUUCAGAAUCUUUAUAUUAAUGGGAACGCAGGUGAACGAGGACUUAACACUGUUUGCAACGCUUAUAAUGGCUUCAUCAAAUGCCUCGCCGACUCAUCUUCAAGCACAUUCGAAUGUUUCGAUAUCAGCUGGCUCCUUCAUUCAAGCACAUCGCCAAACAACGCCUACGCUUACGGAUUCCUCAUGAACAUGCUCCAAUAUCAAUGCGGAGCCGGAUUUUAUAUCGCUUCUGAUAAUUGGGAUUGUGUUCAGCGCAUUUACGCUGGAAAGAAUGGGACCAUGUAUGAAUGCAUCAACGCAUUUGUGAUAAAUACUCAAGAAAAUCCCAAUCAUGCUUGCCCUUACGUUCAAACCGGCUUAAGUUGCUUCGAGAAGGCAUUCCGUCUUCAAGGAUGUCCAGAAGAGCUCAAAUAUUAUGGAUGUGAAUCGUUCCGCCAAUAUUCGGCGCCUCAAUUCUCGAUAUGCGACGAAACAUGCGAAAUUUAA